AUGCCAGGAAAUACCGAGGAGCUGUGCCAGGCGGUGCUAGACUUCGUCACCGAGGGCACGUAUCCCGAGGAGAGUGUAGUUGCUGGUAAGUUCCCGGCAGCUGCUCUUGCCAGGGAACUCGAGCUUAUAUCGAAGGCACGUGAGCAGGUAGAGAAUGAGAUUAGCUACUUGAGUCGCGAGAACACCUUCGAUGCCGAUGACUGGAUUAUCCAAGCGAAACAACUUCAUGCCGACAUAGAACGCUCAAGAUUGACUGCGCGAGAAAUAGUCGCUCAACAUGAGCAUACCGAACCCCUGCAGGCGAAGGUGGAAGAUGCGAGGGCAAAAGUCGCUUUGGUUGAGACGGAGAUUGCCUUCAACCAGGCCGUAGCGGGGACCCUGGAGGAGGUGCACCGUCUGUGCCAGCAGCUGGAAACUGGACGAGCUGCCCUCAGAAAUGGCCAGAUCACCACCGCCAUUGAGCAAUUGGAGUCUACCGAUGCAGCUGUUGGAAAGGAUGCCUUCUUUACCAAUACAAAUGUGAUGGGCAUACUCUCUGACGAGGUGUCGCUGUUGCGAUCUGAGAUUGUCGAGGCGCUUCGUUCGCGCUGGGCUGAUCAAUUGAAAGUUGACCGACAAAAAGGCGAAUUCUAUGUCUGCGGCACAGAUGCAGGUGCAGAUUCUCUUGAGAGCACCAUCACGUCGCUGGCCCGACUUGAUAUACUCGCAUCUGCUAAUGAGAAGCUACAAAAGGAUCUCUUUUCUGUGAUCAUAAAUCCGAUCUUGCUACCUCGCCCUGAUGGAACUAGCCAUGGUGUGGUGGUGACGGAGACCAGCAUUCGCAUUGAGCCUGAGGCGUCAAAAACAACCGCGAUGGAGACCUUGGAUCGUCUUUCCAGCGUUCUGCGCUACUUGAGAGAAAACCUACCGCCAUCGGUGUCUGCAAAUUUCUCAGAAUCAUUCAUUGUGACUAUUUCCUCAAAGGCGAUAUCCGGGUGGUUGUCAUCUGCUAUUCCCACCAAUCUAGGUGGCCUCGCCGAGUUUGAGAACAUUCUGAACCAUGUUUUACAGUUCGCUAAGAAGAUAGACUCUUGGGGUUGGACUGGCCAAGAAGAACUCGUCUCGUGGGCCAACCAAGCUCCACGCCUGUGGUUGACUCGGCGUAGAGUCGACUCGCUCGAUAGCGUUCGCAAAGUCCUUGCCGCUAGCCAGGGAACAACGAAACAGGUCGAAAGGAUUGAAAAGGAAAAGGUUUCUCGGGCUGAGGGUGCUAUAUUGGAGAGUGCUGGCAAUGAUGACUGGGAUGCGGACUGGGAUGACGAUAAAGAAGAUGAGCCUAAGAAAGCAGAAACGGCAAAGCCUGAGGAAGAUGAGGAAGACGUUAGUGCGUGGGGCCUUGAUGAGGAGGAGACUGAGGAGACUCCCGACACCGCAAAACUACAUGCAGCUGCUUCUACUGAAGAUGAUGACCCCGAUGAUGCUUGGGGCUGGGGCGAUGAGGAUGAAGAUGACCAAGAAGUCGAUAAUAAGCCUUUGCAACCCAAGAACGCAGUAGCGGCGAAACCAACCGACAAGAAGGACGUAACUGGAUCUAUAUCACCAAAGGAGGUCACGCUAAAGGAAGUCUUCACAAUCACCGAUAUUCCUGAGUCUGUUCUAGGGGUGGUGCGGCAGCAAAUCACCGAUUCAAAGGAUAUUUCGCAGCCUGCUGUCGCUUCUUCUGGUGCUGGUCUUCUUGCACUGCCAACCUUGAUCCUGGCCAUGUUCAAAGCUACAUCGUCCACAUUCUACUCGCUGAAGCUUAAUUCAGGGCAGAUGUACCUCUAUAAUGAUAGCCUGUACCUUGCCGAUGAAAUCCGGAAACUCGUCGAGGAACAUGAACUGCCCAGACUUCAGCCCGACGUUGAAGCUUUGGAGAAAUUUGGCAAACUUGCGUAUAGCAAAGAAAUGCAGACACAGCGCACGAUCGUCAUGGAUCUGCUUGACGGUGCCCAAGGAUUUGGACAAUGCUCUGAGCAGCCAUUCCAAACAGACUGCGAGACUUCUGUUAGCGCAACUGUCGACAGAAUUCGCGAUGUUUACAAGGAAUGGCAACCUAUACUGUCUCAUUCUGCGCUGCUCCAAUCAAUUGGAUCUCUCUUGUCUACUGUGAUCAACAAGGUGGUUAUCGACAUCGAAGAUCUGGGUGAUAUCUCGGAGGAUCAGUCAAGGCAACUGGUCUCCUUCUGUAACCAACUCUCAAAAUUGGAGGACCUCUUCAUGCAUGAGACAGAUGGUGAUGCCGAGGCAUUGCCCGUCACUGCUAUCUAUGUUCCGAGUUGGCUCCGGUUCCAAUACAUGAUCAAUAUUCUGGAGAGCUCCCUUGCCGAUAUCAAAUUCCUUUGGCUCGAAGGAGAGUUGGGCUUGGAGUUCUCAGCUGACGAGGUGAUUGACUUGAUUGAGGCCCUGUUUGCAGACAAUUUGAACGAUUUUACAAUGAGUGAAGAUUUGAUCACUGCUGAUGCAGCAGAGUCUGCGCAGAUACAAGUUCGAGUGCAGCUUAUCAGCCAGCAGGAGGAUAUUGCUCUGCCUGAAAGCACCGGCCCAAUCCUCGUUCCUACUGGCCUUCGACGAUAUGCGCUGUCGACACUGGUGAACAACCUUCUCUCAAGUGAAAAGCCCAUCCCAUUCGAGUUUUUGAUCAAUGGAACUUUUUUGCGGACCUCGAUUGAUGAAUAUUUGGUCGACAAUGGUAUCUCUGCUGAGACGACCCUCGAGAUUGAAUAUGUCCGAGCUUUGAUCCCUCCCCUGCACAUCGCCUCGUUCCAGCACGAUGAUUGGGUUAGCGCGACAGACGUCCUUUCCACGACCUCGCCUGCUGCAUCUUGGGCCUCAGGUGCGACUUUCACCAAGGGCCAAGAAAGAAUCUUAUCAGGAAGCUACGACGGUCUGCUUCGGAUCUGGAAUAUGUCGUCUGAGACUAUCGCGACCUCUCCUGCCGCCGCCGAUGGUGGCCAUACCGCCUCUAUCAGAGCCGCCAAGUUCGUUUCUCCCAACCAGAUUGCAUCGGCAGGUCUUGAUCGCACGGUCCGAUUGUGGAAAUAUACCGAGGGUGAAGGUGGUUUCACUGGAAAAAUUUCUCCUCAACUGGAGUUGUACGGCCACAAGGCUGGAAUCGAGUCACUAGCAGUUCAUGCCAAGUCCAACCGUCUGUUGACUGGUUCGGCAGACAACACCGUUGGUUUCUGGUCAACCAAAAAGGCUGAUGCCCCGGCAGCACCUGAGAACCUGCUUCCUUCCAGCAAUGCUCGGAACACGAAGCGCCGCAAAUUGAACACGUCCGUCAGCACACCACAGCGUGGUCCUCUGACCCUUCUAUCAGCUCACACGGCACCUGUUUCUGCAGCUAUUUUCGACGGAAAAGAUGCUACCGUUGGUUACUCGGCUUCAUGGGAUCACUCCCUGCGGACCUGGGAUUUGGUCACCGGUUCUCUGGUUGAUACUCGCACCACAUCACACUCGCUCCUCUCGCUCGAGCACCUCCCUGAACUCAGCCUCUUGGCUGCCGGUACUGCCGCCCGCCAUAUCACUCUGAUUGACCCCCGUGCAUCUGCCACGACUGUGGCUGCUAUGACUCUCCGAGGCCACACCAACGCUGUCGUGAGCUUGGCCCGUGACCCCCACAGUACAUACGGUCUCAUUAGCGGUAGCCACGAUGGCACGUGCAGAAUUUGGGAUAUUCGGUCUACCAAGACUGACAAGGAAGGUGUUGUUGGUGAGAGCGUUUACUCGAUUACCCGGAAGAGCCUUGAGGAGGAGGGUAAGUCGGAUAGCAAGCGUGUUGGCGGUGAAGGUGUCAAGGUGUUCAGCGUGUGCUGGGACAAGACGGUGGGCAUUGUUAGCGCGGGUGAGGAUAAGCGGAUCCAAAUCAACCGCGGCGAAGGCGUACUGUCUUCGGAGGCAUGA